AUGCCCCGAGAUAAUCUCACAAUCAGUCUGACAAGUAAUUGAAAAAUGGUCCAGUAUAAAUGGAUUUUAAGUACGUAAAAAUUUUAUUGAUAAAGCAGAGACACAGGUGAACAACACUUUUUAGAGACUAAAAUAGAACUUAAGGUUAAAUAUAUAAAUAAUUAAGUAUCUUUAACAAUAUUUAAACAAAAAAACAUUCUUUUGGUACUACAUUUUUGCUUAAAUUAAAUUCACUGCCUCUUGAGUCUUGCUUUUUUUAUACCCGCCACUGGUUUAGUCGAAAACCCGGCAUAGAGAGGGGAGAUAUUAUGGAUUUAGUUUGUUUUGGAUCGCAUUGAUAACACUCACGUAACGCUAAAAAUCUGUUCCUUGAUUUAUUUCCAUGAAAUUGUGGAAAUUUUUCGCCAAUUGUGCCUUUGGAAAAUCACACCAUUAUUCCAAAACUGGAUACCGCAAAGUCAGAUUAUUGCAAAGGGAUAAAAACUCAACCCUUUCAAAAUGAAAAGGAAACGAAUGAUCAUAUCAUAGAAUUAGAUCAAAUUAAUAGCAGGCACAUACCCAAGAAACCACCUCCUAGACAACCUUCCACUGGAGUACCAAAAUUCUGUGAACUAAUGUAUGUGUGGAGCACAAGUGCAGUUGGUUUGGAUUUGGGAAAAUCUAUUCAUCAGGACCAUACAACUACAAAUAAUACUCAAUUAUUUAACAGAGGUUACAAUAAACAUAAGAAAAUGUCAAUGAACGAGGAAAUGUUCCAUACCCCUCGCUACCUUUCCUGGAGGAAAAUGCACCUAUCCAAAGCAAAAUUGAAGGCUUCUAGCAAAACAUCAGCUCUUCUUUCUGGCUUUGCCAUGGUUGCCAUGGUCGAGCUCCAGCUCAACGACGAAAAAUCCAUUCCAUCACCGAUCCUGGUGGUUUUCGCAGUGAUAACUACUUUGUUAGUGGCAGUGCACAUGUUAGCCUUAAUGAUCAGCACCUGUAUACUUCCGAACAUCGAAACAGUAUGCAGUUUGGACUCGAUAAAUUUUGUAGAUGAAUCUCCGCAUGAGCGAUUACAUUGGUAUAUUGAAAUUGCUUGGGCCUUUUCAACUUUGCUAGGUUUAUUACUAUUCCUAGCAGAGAUCGCAAUAAUUUGCUGGCUUAAAUUUUACAAUGUAAACGAGAUAGCUGCUUGGUCAGCUUGUGUGGUUCUAGUGCCUAUUUUAUUUGUGUUUUUGGCAUUUGCGGUGCAUUUCUACCGAUCUUUGGUGGCCCACAAAUACGAAAUUAGUAUGAAAGAAUUGAAAAAAAUGAACGAUCAGAUUGGUGAUGUGACAGGCAAUAAACUCUUCUCUGGGGACUCGAUGCAAAAUAAUAUACAAGUAGUAUGAUAGAAAUUGAAAAUUUUAAGACAUAUAUAUGGCUGUGUAAAUAGAUAUUUUUCGUAAUGAAGUUUGCCCAAGAUACAGUGAACUAAUGUAUUGAAACUGUUUAGUUCAUAGUGACAAUAUAAGGAAUAUUUUAUUAUAAAGUUUUAAAAGUAACUUUUAGGAAUCUCAUAAUUUUACUGAAUUGACUUCAGAAUUUUAUUUACAAUUGAAAUAGAUAUGUUAAUAUUAAGUUUUUUUAGUACUUAUUUAGAUGGUUCUGUAUUAAGUGUGCCAUUAUUACAAAUAUAAAUAUUUUUUAAAUUUCAGAAAUGAUUUAAACUUUGUAAUGUUCAGCAUAAAUAUUUUUAGUCAAUUUGGUAUUAUUAAUAUGAAAUCUUUUAUUUGGUAUUAUUAAUAUUAAAUAUGAAAUAUUAUAUAAACCAACUUAACUUGGACUACUUAAACUAGACAAUAAGCGUGUGUUUACAGGAAUAAUUUUGAAAUUCUUAAAUAAGAAAUUUUAAAAUUAAUUGAAUGAAUAUAUUGGGUGCGUCUCAAAAGUGGGUUAUCUCUAUAACUUUUUUCC